CUGACGUGGCGAGAGGCGAAAAUGCUCGCGUGUAAACAUUCCUCGGGAUAAAAAAGUCUUAUUUCAGGUCCAUUUUCACGCCAAAAUGAUAUCUUGGAGGACAUUGCUGGUCGUGUUUAAUCUGUUCUUCGUUGCUGGGGGUGAUGAACACACACAUACGUACAAAGAUUUAGAAGAGGUGGUACUAUGGAUGAACACAGUAGGGCCAUAUCACAACAGGCAGGAGACCUACUCGUACUUCUCCCUGCCCUUCUGUGUGGGGCCCAAGGAGAAGAUUUCCCACUACCACGAGACACUUGGGGAAGCUCUACAGGGGGUGGAACUCGAAUUCUCAGGGUUGGACAUUGACUUCAAGACUGAUGUGGCUAAAACUGUAUAUUGUGAGGUAGAGCUGGAUGAAGUUCGACUCAAGACUUUUGUUUACGCCGUGAAGAACCACUACUGGUACCAGAUGUACAUCGAUGACCUUCCCAUUUGGGGCAUAGUAGGCGAAAUUGACGAGGCCAAUGAUGCCUACUACAUCUGGACACACAAGAAGUUUGAUCUGGGCUACAAUGGCAACCAGAUUGUGGAUGUGAACCUGACCUCAGAGUCCCGGCAGAAGCUGGAACUGGGGGCCAAGAUCAAAUUCACCUAUGAGGUCAACUGGAAGAAGUCUGGGGUCAAGUUUGAGGACCGCUUUGACAAGUACCUUGAUCCAAACUUUUUCCAGCAUAGGAUUCACUGGUUCAGCAUUUUCAACUCGUUCAUGAUGGUGAUCUUCCUGGUGGGUCUCGUAUCCAUGAUCCUCAUGCGUACCCUGCGUAAGGACUAUGCACGCUACUCCAAAGAUGAGGAAAUGGAUGACAUGGAGCGAGACCUGGGUGACGAAUAUGGCUGGAAGCAAGUCCAUGGAGAUGUGUUCCGCCCCCCCUCUCACCCCAUGCUCUUCUCAGCGCUUGUGGGCUCAGGAUACCAGAUGCUCACCGUCACCUUCCUCGUCAUCCUCCUGGCCAUUGUUGGGGAACUGUACACAGAACGAGGGUCUAUGGUCAGCAUUGCCAUCUUCAUCUAUGCUGCCACAUCACCUGUAAAUGGCUACUUUGGAGGCUCGUUAUAUGCACGGAUGGGAGGGAAAGUUUGGAUUCGACAGAUGAUGAUGUCGGCAUUCAUGCUGCCAUCCCUUGUGUGUGGCACUGCUUUCUUCAUCAACUUCAUUGCUAUCUACUACCAUGCCUCUAGAGCCAUUGCCUUCACUAUUAUGCUGGCCGUCAUCUGUAUCUGCACUUUCGUCAUCCUCCCCCUCACCCUUGUGGGCACAGUACUGGGCCGAAACCUAGCUGGGCAGCCCAACUACCCCUGCCGCAUCAACGCAGUUCCACGGCCCAUCCCUGAGAAGAAGUGGUUCAUGGAGCCUUUGGUUAUCAUCCCCCUGGGGGGUAUACUACCCUUUGGCUCCAUUUUUAUUGAAAUGUAUUUCAUCUUCACCUCCUUCUGGGCCUACAAGAUUUACUAUGUGUAUGGCUUCAUGUUGCUGGUGUUCCUGAUCCUCCUAGUGGUGGUUGUAUGUGUCACCAUAGUGUGUGCGUACUUCUUGCUCAAUGCAGAGGACUACCGGUGGCAGUGGACCAGCUUCUUAGCGGCUGCUUCUACUGCUGGCUACGUAUACCUCUAUGCCACCUAUUACUUCUUUUUCAAAACGAAGAUGUAUGGCUUCUUCCAGACCAGUUUUUAUUUUGGUUACAUGGCCCUGUUCAGCGUCACCCUGGGCAUCAUGUGCGGCACCAUUGGCUAUGUAGGCACCAGCAAGUUUGUGCGGAAGAUAUAUUCCACCGUUAAGAUAGAUUAAAGCAGGAGACCAU